GUGGUGACGAAGAGCGGGGGCGUCGGGUGGUACUGUGAUGGUUAGUGGGAGAGACGCUGGUGUUCGGUGAGGUGGUGAAGGAGCUUUCCUAACCCAGACAUGUGUGAACUGAGAGGACUUAAAGCGACGGGCGUCGUGAUGGCCAUGUUGGCUAUAGUGGUGUCCCUGGGAACGGAAGGGUUCUACGGGUGGGAGACCUACCAGCUGGACGCCAACGCAUCAGACGUCUCCAUUUAUGAUGAGCUGGAGGUACGCACGUACAUAGGCCUGGCGGAGGGCAUCCUGGGAACAAUAGUCUCCAUAUGUCUCAUUAUAGGCUUUGCUUCGCCUUACAUUCCUCUCAUCUGGACCUGGGUGGUGUGGGCGCUGGGAAUAUCGGCCUACAACGCUUACUGCAUCUAUGAUUACUACACCUUUAUCCAGGAUAACACCGAGGGCGACACCUUCCCCUGGGAUACCCUGGAGGAGGAGGACUACAGCUACUUCUUCAUCACCGUCCUCUCCUCCGUCUGCUGCCAUGUCUUUAUCCUCAUCUUCGUCAUCCCUCUGGGCGCUGUCAUCACCCACAUGGUUGGUCCACAUUCCACCAUACAGGGAAGCUUUGAGCUACUCGAGAGGUAAGGUGGCCAGUUUCGACAUUGACGACUACCAAUGGGACAAUGAUGCCUUUGCAAUGACGUAACACAGUGACUUGAUUAUGAGAACAUAAGAACAAAUGCAACUGCAGAAGGCCUAUUGGCCCAUACGAGACAGCUCCUAUCUAAUUCCACUCAUAUACAUGUCCAACCCGCGCUUGAAACAAUCGAAAGACAGAGAACAGAGCGUUAAGCCAGUAUAUGACUAUACAGCACUGGAAAGCUAUGUGAGAACAAGGAGCUGGGAUAUAUGGUCAGAGAGAGAAGGAACGGUGCCCAACUUCUUGGACCAUCAGGGAUGGAACGCCGGCCCAUCGCUCUACCAACAUUCUCAAGUGUCUUCUUUACGUUAUAAUUGUAAUGCAGCCGCUUAUGAAAUAUACAAGUAAAUUGUUUUGCAUAUAACCCCGGAUGAGUGAGAUCAAUAUUCGCCAAGAAUGUCAGUAAUAUUGACCUGUUUUUGGAAUUACUCUUAAAAAUUGGUAAAAAACUGUGAAUUUUGAGGCGGCUGAAUUUUACAAUACAAAUACUGUAAAAUACAAUGAAAUAAUGAAUUUAUUUAAAAUGUAUAUACACUAAAAAAUUCCUCAAAAAUUAGCACUAAAUAUAAUGUAAUAUGGUAAAAAAACAAGUAUUGCCUCUGUAUAUAGCAUCCUCCUCUCCUUACGUGUAAAUGAUUAAACAAUAAUUUAGUGUGUAUAUUUUGUGCCGUGUUGAAUGUUAUUAUGUAUUAUAUAUACGAGUUUUAUGUUCGAUGUAAGAAUAAGCAAGCAUAAAAAAAUAAUGACUGCUUGACUUCCAACAGUCACUAAUUGUUUUCUAUUGUGAAAUUUUAGAAACCCGAAACUAUAAAGUUUUGCGAAACAUUGCGAGUGAAAAUGUGAACUAGAAAGUUUGCAUGUUUUACUGAAGUUAUUUGACUAGAUCUUGUAACCUAACCUAGCCUUUCUAAGCCUAGCCUAACCUAACCAAACCUAAUCUAACCUAACCUAACCUAACCUAACCUUUCUAAGACUAGCCUAACCUUAUCAAACCUAAUCUAACGUAGCCUAAUCUAACUUACCCUCCAUUAAAGUUACCAGAUUAUAGGUACUAUUCAAAAGCCAAAAUUAAAAAAAAAAAUGUACAAUUUGCAAAAUAUUAAACGGAUUUGUCCUUACCAAAAUAAAAGUACUGUACGUGUAAUCCAUUACCGUUUCUUUCCUGCACAUUUGGCAAAUAAACCAACUGAAGGGUAUAAUUGUAUUUAAAUAAAGAUGUUUAGUACAUUUA